GUCCUUGUCUGUUGUUUUGGUCAAAAGCGAAAAUGCUGAUUAUUUCUUUUUAUUUAAUUUAUCGCUAAUUUAUCAUUGAUUGUGGUUAGCAAACAAUGGGCAGUAUAUUACUUUAAGCACCAACAAAACUACUUCAAUCGAAGACAUUCCCUGUCGAUAACUUGUGAUAAUUAGCAAAGUUGAUAUCACGUCAUUAGUCAGUUUCUGGGUAUUGCAAUAAACACGGACUUAAAAAAAAUAAACACCACAUUUGGCAAAGGGUGACUGCCUUAACCAUUAUUGUGCAAGCCCAUAGUAUAAUAUUGAUAGUAUAAUAUCUCUGACAAGAUGAUUUUAUUGUCAUUACAAUCUAUGAAGCUGAUGAAGUUAGUCCCUAAUGCAGUAAGAAUGUCCUCAACAUUAUCAAGAGAUUCCAAUUUCUUUUUUAGGCAAUUGUUCGAUUCAGUCAGCAGUACAUACACAUACAUACUAGGUGAUUUGAACAGUAAAGAGGCGGUGCUGAUAGAUCCAGUGAUCGAACACGCAGAGAGAGACGCUAAUAUUAUAAAGGAGUUGAAUUUUAAACUGCUGUAUGCAAUGAACACACACAUGCAUGCUGACCAUGUCACCGGCACAGGCAGGCUGAAGUCUCUCCUCCCAGGCUGCAAAUCAGUUAUUGGCAAAGCAUCCGGUGCACAAGCAGACAUACAUUUAGUGGACGGAGAAGAGGUCACGUUUGGGUCCCACAAGCUGCUGACUGUGGCCACUCCUGGUCAUACUAAUGGAUGCUUGACGUAUAUUUGUCAUGGACAGCAGUCCCUGGCAUUUACUGGUGAUACCCUACUAAUAAGAGGUUGCGGACGGACAGACUUCCAAGAAGGUUGUUCGGAAACCCUCUACAACUCGGUCCAUCAGAAGAUAUUCACUCUACCCAAUCAUUAUACGCUGUACCCCGCUCAUGACUAUAAAGGUGUAACCGCUACGACUGUUGGAGAGGAGAAGAAAUAUAACCCGAGACUAACUAAGUCUUUGAAGGAGUUUAUACAGAUUAUGGACAAUUUGAAUUUGCCGUAUCCUAAGAUGAUUGACAAGGCAAUACCUGCAAACAAAGUUUGUGGAUUGUACUAGCGAAUUUACAACGCGCAACAGGCUAAGCAUUACCACAGCAGAAAUGUGAAGAAUAGUAACACUGACAGCCUGUCUAGCAUACGCCAACGAGAUAUCUCACUCUACAUGUUUUCUCGAUG